UAAAGUAAUGUCAUGCUAGACUGGCUGAACGCUUUACCUACACUACAUAACCCAGACCAGGCCUCACGACGCAUACAUGCAGCUGUCAGCGUUUAAAAACGGUUGCUAACGAAAAGAAGACAAUGGCCUCCGAGAUUAAGCUUGAAGAUUACCACAUUUCCGAGGAAGUUGGUUUCUUAAUGCGAGACCCUUUGGAAAAAUUACCACCUUACUUUCAACGAUGGAAUGAACUGUCGAAAAAAGUAUCACAUCUGGUGCAAAAGCAUCAGUUCCGAGAUGAAAUCGACACGCUGCCGGUGCUUGAUCACACAGUGUUACGAGGUCAUCGCCAGAAGCGUUUGGCUCAUCUUCAACUCAGCCUCAUGACGUCUGGAUAUGUCUGGCAGGAAGGACCUAACAAUCCACCAAAGUAUCUACCGGCGGGCCUUGCUAUACCCCUUUGGGAGGUAUCCCAGGAAAUAGGAGUUCCACCUGUGAUUGGUUAUUCAAGCUUGUUCAUUGUAAACUGGGGAAAGAACGACGAGAAUCGAGGCCUUGAGUUGGAAAAUAUUCGUUGCCUAUACACACCUUAUUUCCAUCCUGAUGUGUUAAAUUUCUUUUCCGUAACGUUGCGGAUGGAGAUGGAUUUUGGGCCAGCUGCCAAGGGCAUUGUUGACGGCUUGAAGUGUAUUGCAGAGGACAACGAAGAAGGGUUAAUGUCGGCAUUAGGAAGAAUCGAAAAGUCUUUGGGCCAAAUGAAGAACACGUUUUCUAAAGUACACACACUGACAAGUCCAGAGGUCUUCUUCACCAAACUGGUGCCGUAUUUUAACGGAUUCGGUGAGGAGGGAUCUCCCUUGCCUAACGGACUCAUCUUUGAAGGUGUGAGCUCUACGCCCGUCAAGGCUCCGCGUGCAUCAGGUGCCAUGACGUGCACCCUGCAAGCCACAGAUGCCUUCCUUGGGGUCAAGCAUAAUCCAGAGGCAAGGAUGUUUAUGGAAUCGAUACGAAAAUCUUUUACACCGUGCCAUAAGAAGUUUGUGGAAAAGCUGGAGAGCAUGCCUUCCACGCGGGAUUACGUAAACAGAAGCGAAAACGAGUUUCUUAAAGUGGCUUACGAUGACUGCCUUUCGGCGUUGGUAGAUUUUAGGAAUUACCACAUACGGAUAGUCGCAAAAUAUGUUAUCGUGGUGGGAGCUAAAGAGAGGAAGAAGGAUAAGACUAUGAUUAACCCGUUUCCUAAGUCGCCGGAAGGAGCUUAUCCCAUGCCACUGCUCAAGAAGAUCAGGAGUGAGUCUGAUGAGAGCAAGUCUUUGCAGAAUAAGUAACCGCCAGAGUGUAGUGUAUGGUGCUCUGUUACAUGUAUCUACAUGUACUGCCUCGUAUGGAGGACAUACAAGGUUACUGUCAUUGACCUCUAAAAUGUGUACACCUAUCUCGUAUAUAUCAUUCCCUAAAUAAUUUUCUUCGUCACGCUGCCUCGAAUGGAGUUCUAACCGAAUAAAAACCAUUGGCGAAAAAUGUUAGAAAAGGCAAAGAUUCACAUAAUUCCUCGAAACAAGUUCUUGUAGUGACGGCUCGGGUUUGAAAAAAUAAAAUAAAAAUAUUAAUUCAUCAUAUUA